AUGAGAAAUCUUGAAAAUUAUUUAUUUUCAAAUAAAUCAUUUAAUUCACAAAAAGAAGGUUAUAAAAAUAGAAUAUCAGUUAAUUUAUUUAUCAGACCUGUAGAAUCAUCAUCAUCAUCUUCGUCAACAUCAUCAAGAUCACCAUCAGUUGUUUUUAAAUCAUAUAUUAAUGAUCAUAUUAGUAAUAAUGAAAGAUAUACAUCAAUAAUAAAUCACAUUGAAUCCAAAGGUCAUAUUAUUGAACAACUUCACCCAUAUUCUUCAUUACCAUCAUCACCAUCAAAUGAUAUUCACUAUGCUACAAUUGGAAGUGAUAAAUUAUUAUCAAAUUUACCACUAUUAAAAGAUCAUAUUAUUAAUAAAAUUCCAUUAAUAUUUUUAGAUGUUAACAAUAAUGAGAAUAAAAAGGAAUUUUGUGAAAUGGUAAAUAAUGUUUGUACUAUGGAUAAUGAUCAUCAUAAUAUAUUAGCAUACAUUCCAACUACUAAGAAUGGUUUAGAAUAUCAUAAAGUAUUUAAUUGGAUUAAUGAAACAAAUAGCAAUAUUGAUUCCCAAAGUAGUGAUAUUGGUAGUGGUAGUAGUAGCAGAAGUUAUGUAGCAACAAUUAUUAAUAGUACAAUUGAAUUUGGUGAAAAUGAAAAUAUUGAAACAAAUGAAAAUCAUAAUUUUAAUAAUCAAUUUAAACCAAUUACAAAUUUAUUAUUAUCAAAAUUAAUGGUUAAUAAAGAUGAAAGCAAUAAUGAUGAUAAUGGUUAUGUUAAUCUUAAUGAAAAUAAUAGUCCAUCAUCAUCAUUAAUACCACCAACAAAUUCAUCAAUUCCAUUUAAAUAUUUUGAAAGUACAUUUGCAAAUUCAUUCAUUGCUUAUAUUAAUCCAAGUUUAACAUCAAAAGUCACUCAACAAACAUUUAGUUACUCAGUUACAAAUCAUAUUUAUCUCUAUAAAGAUGAACCAAAUAAUUGUAUCUAUUCAAUCAUUUAUCAAAAUAGUUUUAUUUUACCAGAUACUCAUUUAGGUGUUAACGAUCCCUCAAAGGCAAUUGGUAGUUUCAUUACUUCAUUUGGUACUUCAAAUAAACCAACAAUUGGUGGUGAGCAAUCAUCACCAUCAUCAUCAUCAUCUCCAUUAAAUAGUAAUUUAUUUAACCUAGAAGCUACUUCACCACAUACAAUCGAUCAAACUCAUACAGUUACAAAUGAAGUUACAACUGAUAUUUCAAUUGGUAUUAAUUUAGAUGUUAAUCCAGAAGGUCCAGGUGGUGGUGUAUCAUUUGGUGAAAGUUGGUCAUCAAGUUCAAGUGAAACUCAAACUAUUUCUGAUUAUGGAAUUGAAGAAAAGUCAAAUCCUGUAACAAUGGAAAGUGCUUGGGUAUAUCAUCAACAAAUGCCAUUCGAUGUUUAUUAUUUGGGUUUUAAUAAUUUUGGUGAAUGGUAUAAAAGUGCUUUCACUACAAAUGGUCAUGUUGCUCAACCACCACCAUUAUCAACUAGUACUUUACAAACUUCAACCUCUUGGAAAUGGAGAUUAGAUAACUCUUUAAUCGAUAAAUCAAAUAAUCAAUUAAUUGUAAACAUUGAUCUAACUUUAGAUUUAUCUUAUUGUCUUGUUUCAUGUCCUGGUUUUUAUGAUCAUCAUCAUAAAUUAUUUUAUUGUCAUUCAACAUUUUCAAAUUUUCAAACAUUUGAUUUUAAUGCAUUUAAGUAA